CAUCACCCAACCCAAGUCAAACUCAGCACUGGUUUAUGGCAAGAACGACUACAUGGAGGCGAAUUUCCAGACCGUAUGUUGGAGUUGCAAGGAAUCGCAUUGAACUCUGGAAUAUUAUUUUCCGCGCCGUGCAAGUGAGUUGCAUGAAGGCUAUGGAGGGUUGUAGGGGUGGUUGACGUAUCACAACACUAGAGGGGUAGAAAAUUUGCUAUUCUGCUUCAACAGCUAAAACUUAUUCAGCAGCUUCCUCAAUCUGUCAUUUUUUUCGACCUUCCCUCAACAUCAGCAGCAACGCUAUCGUACCAUACGGCACUGGCUGCACUGCCUCGCUUGUUCCGGCAUUGUGUUAGUCCGAGCAGAAAAUCCGACGCCGUAGAAGCACGCUUAGAGCUGAAGCACGCUUAGGUGAAGCAGAGCUGGACAUUACUAUGUCGUCCACUGUUUCUUGCUCCCUCUCGUCUCUCGCCGUCUCUUCUCCUAACGCGGCUGAAGCAUCCAACAUCUCUCCGCUAAACGCAUCCAUGGAAUUCCCUGUCAAGACGCCUUUCCGGAAUCCGCUGCAGCAUCCGGCAACACCGUCCCCGUGUACAUUUCCACCGCACCCAACCGAGCUGAACCGCCGUUUUCCGCUCCCUACUUCUCUCGCCACGGCAGCCGGCUACUUAACCGGCAGGCCGGCUUUUAUCAAGCGUUACCGUGCCAGGCUGAAUCCUUCAGCGACGUCAGCAUCCUCCCGCGACACGCUGGUUACCAAAGCUGUUCGCGAGCACCAUCAAGACUCACCAGUACAUUCAGUCGGACGGCAGACACAUUUUCGCUCACACUCGCUCGGACGGGGAGGAGACCUCGCUAUCAAGAACCCUUCCGUAAUCGAAGAAGGUCGAACGGUUGUCUCUCCAACAACUGACGCAGCGCCGCCGAACGGAUCCCACGAGGAUGGCCCAGCCACGCCACCGGAAUCUGUUCGCUCGGUCGCCAACGGCUGGGAUGAGCUGGAUAACUUGGAGGAUCUGACGGUGAGGCGGAGCCCGCGGAGCGGCGGGGGAACAGGGCGGGGGAGAGGAGGGGCGCGGAGGAGCGGUGGAGUGCGGUACCAGGUCGCGGAGGAGCUACGGCGGCAGCACCGGGAGCGGUAUCAAGAGACGCAGCAGGGGCGGCAACAGGGGGAACGGUACGAGGCGGAGCAGGUUCCGCAAUACCGGGAAAGGCAUCCGCAGCAGCGGCAGCAGCAGCAACGGGAGCAGCAGCGGCGAUACGCACAAGCGGCGCCUGCUCUUGAGCCGGAGGUCGUCUUCGGGGAGGAUAACGAGGGCAGCGAGGAAUGGAGGCGAGCAGCGGGCCGCGUGUGGGAGUGGAUAGCCGUGAAGAGCGGAGCUGGCGCCUCCGGCGGCGGCGGCGGCGGUGGCGGCGGUGGUGGAGCGGGGCGAGGAGCAGCACGGGCUGCGUCGGCCCUGGGUUGGUCGUUCUUUGGGCCGGUGUCGGCGAAUGAAUCUUUCGCGGGUAACCAUUCGCCCGGUUCCGAGGGAGGCUUCGCGGAUCUGCUGCUGCUCGCGCUCUUCCGCGUCGCCCGCUUCUUCCGCCGAGCUGCAGCGGCGCUCAGCGCCGCUAUUGUCGCCGCGCUGCCGUCGACAUUCCAGACGACUCUGGUGAAGCCAGUGGUGGACGGCGCGUUGCUCCUCUCAGGCGUGUGGCUGCUGCGAGGCCUCUUCGAAGUCACCUGGCGCCUGGGCUCCAUCGCGCUUCUCUCCCUCCUCCCAGCGCUCGGCGCUAUGACCCUCCUCUCCUCCGCCAACGCCCCGCGCCAACCACACACCGCGCCUUUUCCCGCGCACCAGCGCGCUCCCCCAUUCGCCUCCGCCCCUCCUCCCCCUCCCCCCUCACCGCCAACCCAGAACCGCAACUGGUCCCCCACUUCUGGCUUCGAACGCAGCCCGAAUAGGUUUGCUUCUACCGGAGCUGAUUAUAGAGCGUACGGAGAUAACGCAUCAUGGAGCGAGUUCGAUGGGUAUACGGCAGGGGAGGGAGUUGGGAGGCGCAGCGGGCGGUAUGAGCGGUGGGAAGAGGUGCGCGACGAGGACCUAGGCUUGGGAUAUGCACCGAGGAGGGGCACUGCAAGUAGCCCGAACCUUGCAGCUGCAGAAAUCAGUACGUGGGAGGAGGUCAGUGAUGAGGAUCUGGGCUUGGGGUAUGCACCGAGGAGGGGCACUGCGAGUAGCCCGAACGCUGCAGGCACUGCCACUGGCACUGUCCCUGGCACUGAUCUAGCAGGCUUAGAGAAUGCCCCUGAGCGUCGCAGCCCCGCAGGUGGUUCUGAGAAUGCUGCUGCUGCUGGUGCCUCUGCUGUGGGUGCUUCUGCUGGCAGUGCCUCUGCUGCGACCGCAGGCUGGGCGUCCAAUGUACAUAGUUCCGGUAGGCCUGCUGGGGCGCCUGCGCAUGAUGCAGGGUCGAGGCCAGUGCGGGGUGAGGCAGGUGGGCCGGCUGGCCUUGGUGUGUCCGCACAUGGUGCAGGGUCGAGGCCAGUGCGGGGUAACGCAGGUGGUUCAGCUGGGCUUGGUACGCCUGGGCAUAGCGUAGAGGGGAAGAGCAGUGCUGCUGGGAGCAGCAGAAGGGGCGGUGUUGUAAGCAGGGUCGUAGAUGGGAGCGGUAGCAGGGGUAUGCGUGUGUACGAGUGCUGCAACGGCACCUGCACCUGCGCCGCCUGUGUAACGCCAGCGUUCCUUCAAACCGCCCCUGGCAGGGGCAGAGCCGUCGGUAGUGUGCCAGCAGUUGACAGGGCGGAACAGGGUGUAGGAGCUGCAGCUGCUGACAUGAAAGCAUGGGACGAGGCUGUUGUGUCUGCUGCCCCUCCUCCUGCCGCUGCCACCACAUGGGACGAGGCUGUCCCUACUGUUGUCGCUACUGCUGCUUCCGCCCCCUCCGCUCCUUUCACUGCUUCCACUGCUCCUAGCAUCAUCGUGGGUAAUCACGAAGUGGCCUCUGGUUCCCGUGCGUCAGGCAACUACUUUCCACCGGUGCUGAAUCCUGUGGCCCCGGUGCUGAAUCCUGUGGCCGUCAGUGAUGCCACAGCGAGGCUUGAAGCCAUCAGAUCCGACCUCAAACGCCACGUGGCGGCUGAAGCUGCAUUCUCUGCUCCCGCUCCUGCAUCUGCCCCUGCAUCUGCAGUUCCUUCUGCCGUCGCUCGUGUUGCCUUUGGCAGUGCUGCCAGGGAAGCUGCUUUCCGUCCCCCACCUGCAGCAGCAGCAGCGCCAUUCGCUUCGUCUGAUCCUGUUUUCGUGGACAACGGAGAGGGCAGGGUUGAUACCCAGAGUGAGCGCAAGCCCCUGGUGGGACUGGGGAAGAAUUCCCUGCUGAUUGCAGAUGACUUGAAUGUGGGCGACUUGAAUGAGGGGGAUGAUUUUAUCCCACUGCAUGAUCUGCACCGAGAGGACGAUCUGACCCGAGAGGACGAUCUGAACCUCAAUGCGGUGUUCCUGGAGAACUUCUGUGAGUGGCCGCGCAGGCGAGUGGCUGUGGCUGCUGCUGCUGUGGAUUCCAGGCCGGACAGGGAGGGGCCUCUUCCUGUUAGGGGAGCAGCUGUGGUAGGCAGAAGGAGGGCCGUGACGCACACUGACGGGGUGCAGCCAGGUGAAGGGCGGUGGCACGCCCAGGCUGUAGAGUCCAUGCCAGACAGGGAGGGGCCUCUUCCCGUGAGGAGAGCAGCUGUGGCACGCAGGAGGAUGGCCGUGACUCACACUGACGGGGUGCAGCCAGGUGAAGGGCGGUGGCACACACAGCCGUCGCUCCAAAGCAGCCCUGGCGGUGGGAUAGGAGAGCGUGCUGCCUUGGGAGGAGCAGAGGGGCGUCUGGGUGGGUAUGGAAGGAGGGAGGAACUGACGGGGGAAGCAUCCAGGGAGCAGGGAGGGGGGUCCAAGUCGGUUCCAGGGGUGACUGGCUUGGGGCUGAGCCUGGAUUCGUUUGGGUUGGAUUCGCUAGGGCUGGAUGCGCUGGGGUUUGACGCGUGGCAGGCGUUCAUGUGGGCCUCGGACCGCAUCUACGGCAGCAGCUAUGGGGACUACAGCUUCCACCGCAGGCAGGGGGGAACAGCAGGGGGAGCAGCAGGGGAAGGACAGGCAGUGCCGGGAACAGAGCGAGCACAGCAGGCAACAGGCAUGCAGGGAGGGUCGUUCAGGGGGGGUCAAGAGUUGGGCUGUGACGGUGGGGGGGUGAGUGCCAGGCAUAUGGGGGUUCUGCCGCUGGCGAUUUCUCAAGGAGAGGCGCAGCAGAUGGCUGGGGGGUUCAAUACGUGGUCAAGUAGCUCGAGGCGAGGGAAGCAGUCAGAGUGGGACUUUGACCUGCACAGCAUGCCUUGAAUGUACUCAACCACAUUGCCAGGGGUCGCAGAUGCUGUGGGGGUGAGGGGUUGAAAAUGGCUGUAGCCACCUCAGCUACUUCACACCUGGUGGUUGGGUGGUAGGUUACUUUUUUUGUACAUUCAACUUAGCAGGAGAGUCAAGGUCGAGGCUUCUGUUAGCAGGCAAUCCUUUUUUCGUGGCACUUAAUAGGGAAGGCUCGUGCUGCUUGAAUGCAAACGAGCAGAAGUCAUCAGGGCUCUUGCCUGGCUUAUCGUAGAUUUUUUCCAGUGGUCUCUAGAUUUUGUUGUUUUUAGUAGAUCGUUAUAUGCUUGAAUGACUGCGUAUAAGAUUGCUCCUAGUACAUUUGUA